AUGAACGGGGAUAGCUACUCUUCCCGAGACGGUGGUCGCCACGGCGGCUCCUCGCGCGACUAUCAGGGCUCGCGAGGCGAUCGUGAGGACCGACGAGACCGCGACCGGGGCGACCGGGGCGACCGGCCUCGACGUCGCUCGCGCUCUCCCGAGUAUCGCGGGUCUCGGGGCUCACGCCGUGACGGCGGAGGUGGAGGUGGAGGCGGAGGCGGAGGCGAAGUCGACACGUACUCUUCGAGCCGCAGCCACAGAGACCGCGAACGCGAGGACCGCUACUCGGGCCGUGGUUCGGACCGACGGGAUAGGGAACCCUGGGACCGAGACCGCGGCGGACGGCGUGACGCGCGCCGUGACGACGACGACAGACGAGGCGGCUACCGGGAGGACGACCGACGAGGUGGGCGUAGGGAUAACAGGGAUAGAGAUCAUGACAGGGAGCGCGAGAGGCGACGCAGCGCCUCCCCUCCGCCCAAGAAGCGCGAGCCGACCCCCGACCUGACCGAUGUGGUCCCCAUUCUCGAGCGGAAGAGGAGGUUGACGCAGUGGGACAUCAAGCCGCCCGGUUACGAGAAUGUGACCGCUGAGCAGGCCAAGCUCUCGGGCAUGUUCUCGCUGCCCGGCGCCCCCCGCCAGCAGGCCAUGGAUCCUACUAAGCUCCAGGCCUUUAUGAACAACGCGCCAGGCACCACCGUCAACAGCGCCGCUCUCAAGCCUGGCAACUCGCGGCAAGCGAAGCGGCUCCUCGUCUCGAACCUCCCGCCCUCGGCAACCGAGGACAGCCUCAUGUCAUUCUUGAACCUGCAGCUUGGCGGGCUCAAUAUGGUUGAGAGCACCGACCCCGUCGUCAUGUGCCAGAUCUCCGGCGACAAGUCGUUCGCGCUCGUUGAGUUUAGGAGCUCAUCUGACGCUACCGUCGCUCUUGCCUUUGAUGGUAUCACGAUGGAGGCAGACGACAGUGCCAACGGUACGGCGGAGGGGGCCGGCGCCGGUCUUGUCAUUCGGCGACCCAAAGACUAUAUCGUUCCCGCCGUUGCCGACGAGAGUGGCUACGAGCCAGGAGUCGUCUCCAGCGUGGUGCUCGAUACUCCUAAUAAGAUUAGCAUUUCAAGCAUUCCGCCAUUCCUGACGGAAGAGCAGGUCACUGAGCUGCUGGUGUCGUUUGGCGAGCUAAAGGCUUUCUCCCUCGCCAAAGACCGGAGCACGGAAGAAUCUCGGGGAGUUGCAUUCUGCGAAUACGUAGACCCGGCGUCGACAGAUAUCGCGAUACAGGGACUCAACGGCAUGGAGAUUGGUGACAGGAGACUCAAAGUGAAGAAGGCCAGCAUCGGUAUCACACAGGUGGCGGGUGUUGAGAUGGGCGUCAAUGCCAUGUCCAUGCUUGCCGGCACCACCUCUACGGAUUCUGAGCUUAGCCGCGUGCUCCAGCUGCUGAACAUGGUCACGGCCGACGAGCUGAUGGACAAUGACGAGUAUGAAGAAAUUUGCGACGACGUCAGAGAAGAGUGCUCCAAGUUCGGUACGAUACUGGAGCUGAAGGUCCCGAGGCCCGUCGGAGGCAGCCGACAAUCUGCUGGUGUUGGUAAGAUCUUUGUUAAGUUUGACACCACCGAUGCGUGUACCAAGGCCCUGAGAGCUCUGGCCGGACGCAAAUUCGCCGACAGAACCGUCGUGGCGACAUAUUUCCCCGAGAACGAUGGAAAGGGUGAGCUUACCGACAAAUGGAAUGACCGAUCUAGCCAGCUAGAUGUAAUUGAAGCCCGACUCCGAAACUUCUCCCCAUCACCACCACCAAGUUCAACAUUUGCGACAGCAUCACCACCAGCCGCAAACAUGGGUCGUCUUCACAGCAAGGGAAAGGGCAUUUCUGCCUCCGCCAUCCCCUACUCUCGCAACGCCCCCUCGUGGCUCAAGACCACCCCCGAGCAGGUCGUCGACCAGAUCUGCAAGCUCGCCAAGAAGGGUGCCACUCCCUCUCAGAUCGGUGUUGUCCUGCGUGACUCCCACGGCAUUGCCCAGGUCAAGAUUGUCACUGGCCUUGCCCCCGAGCUCCCGGAGGACCUGUACAUGCUGAUCAAGAAGGCUGUCGCUGUCCGCAAGCACCUUGAGCGCAACCGCAAGGACAAGGACUCCAAGUUCCGCCUCAUUCUCAUCGAGUCCCGCAUCCACCGUCUGUCCCGCUACUACAAGACCGUCGGUGUUCUCCCCCCCACCUGGAAGUACGAGAGCGCCACCGCCAGCACCAUUGUCGCAUAA